CAGCUGAAUGCAAAAUUGCUUGAGUUGGAAAAAAUGCGUGAAGAACUAGAUAGAGAGAAGAAGGAAGUGAAAGACAGGAAGGAUGAAACACUGAAAGAGAAAGAUCAGUUGGAAGAGAGGCGAUGUAAGAUAAGUAAGGAGAAAGAGGAAUUGGAUAUCAGUCUUGAACUGAUGAAAAGACAAAGGGAAGACUUGACGAGCUUGAAGGCUGAAGCAGAAGCACAGACCGAGCCUAUGGAAAUAGACUGGAAGGAAAAGCUCACGAGGGAAAGACAACAACUUGAAGAUGUAAAGGAGGAGAUACAGAAGGAAAAAGAAGCCUUUGAGAGAAAGAAGGGAUUGACCAUGAAAGAAAGAGAUGAGUUUGAUCUGAUGAAGUCUGAAACACAGGGACAAUUGGAGGAAAUAGAACAAAACAAACAAGACAUUCGUGUGGAGAAGGAAAAGCUGGAUCAGAUCAAAGCUGAGUUAGAAAGACGGUCUGAAGACGUAAAUCAGAUCAUGGAUGAGACAAGACGGGAGAGGGGGAAGGUUGAAGAACUGGCUUUCCAAACUCAAAAACAACGAGAAGAAAUGGUGGGUUUUAUGGAAAAGAACAAACAAAAGCAGAACGAACUGGAACUCAUGAAUGACAAGAUUGAAAGAGAGAAACAAGACAUCGAAGAAAGGCAGGAUGUGCUAACAAAGGAGAGAGAGGAGCUGGAACAAAUGAGGAGUGAGAUACAGCAACAGAGAGAGGAGACAGAAUCUCACAUGGAAGAUCAAAGGAAAGAGAAAGAACAUUUGGAACAAAUGACGACGGACAUGAAAAAACAGUUGCUAGAGGUGGACAAUGACAAGGAAAUGAUAGAAAGCUCAAUGGGUGAACUGAGAGUGAAAGAGGCAGAAAUGGUGAGAGAAAAAGACAACAUGGAUGACAAGAUGGCUCGGCUCAAAGAGGAAGAGGAUAGAAUGCGGGAAGAAAUAGGGAAGAAGAUGGACAUCUUAAAGCAGGAAAGUUGUGAAAUCAAAAGACUGAGAGAUGAAAUUGACAGUGAAAAGGACCAGCUGAAUGCAAAAUUGCUUGAGUUGGAAAAAAUGUGUGAAGAACUAGAUAGAGAGAAGAAGGAAGUGAAAGACAGGAAGGAUGAAACACUGAAAGAGAAAGAUCAGUUGGAAGAGAGGCGAUGUAAGAUAAGUAAGGAGAAAGAGGAAUUGGAUAUCAGUCUUGAACUGAUGAAAAGACAAAGGGAAAACUUGACGAGCUUGAAGGCUGAAGCAGAAGCACAGACCGAGCCUAUGGAAAUAGACUGGAAGGAAAAGCUCACGAGGGAAAGACAACAACUUGAAGAUGUAAAGGAGGAGAUACAGAAGGAAAAAGAAGCCUUUGAGAGAAAGAAGGGAUUGACCAUGAAAGAAAGAGAUGAGUUUGAUCUGAUGAAGUCUGAAACACAGGGACAAUUGGAGGAAAUAGAACAAAACAAACAAGACAUUCGUGUGGAGAAGGAAAAGCUGGAUCAGAUCAAAGCUGAGUUAGAAAGACGGUCUGAAGACGUAAAUCAGAUCAUGGACGAGACAAGACGGGAGAGGGGGAAGGUUGAAGAACUGGCUUUCCAAACUCAAAAACAACGAGAAGAAAUGGUGGGUUUUAUGGAAAAGAACAAACAAAAGCAGAACGAACUGGAACUCAUGAAUGACAAGAUUGAAAGAGAGAAACAAGACAUCGAAGAAAGGCAGGAUGUGCUAACAAAGGAGAGAGAGGAGCUGGAACAAAUGAGGAGUGAGAUACAGCAACAGAGAGAGGAGACAGAAUCUCACAUGGAAGAUCAAAGGAAAGAGAAAGAACAUUUGGAACAAAUGACGACGGACAUGAAAAAACAGUUGCUAGAGGUGGACAAUGACAAGGAAAUGAUAGAAAGCUCAAUGGGUGAACUGAGAGUGAAAGAGGCAGAAAUGGUGAGAGAAAAAGACAACAUGGAUGACAAGAUGGCUCGGCUCAAAGAGGAAGAGGAUAGAAUGCGGGAAGAAAUAGGAAGAAGAUGGACAUCUUAAAGCAGGAAAGUUGUGAAAUCAAAAGACUGAGAGAUGAAAUUGACAGUGAAAAGGACCAGCUGAAUGCAAAAUUGCUUGAGUUGGAAAAAAUGCGUGAAGAACUAGAUAGAGAGAAGAAGGAAGUGAAAGACAGGAAGGAUGAAACACUGAAAGAGAAAGAUCAGUUGGAAGAGAGGCGAUGUAAGAUAAGUAAGGAGAAAGAGGAAUUGGAUAUCAGUCUUGAACUGAU